AUGGUCUACCACAAUCUCAAAGCGCUCAUCAAGGGAAUCAGGGGAUGCAAGACCGUGGCAGAUGAGCGGGCUCUCAUCCAGCAAGAAUCUGCAGCUAUCCGGGCUUCUUUCCGUGAAGAAGACUCGUACCAAAGACACAACAAUGUCGCGAAACUCCUCUAUAUCCACAUGCUUGGUUCGCCAGCGCAUUUCGGACAGAUAGAAUGCCUCAAAUUGGUCGCGAGUCCCAGGUUCUCAGACAAGAGGUUAGGGUAUCUCGGUAUCAUGUUGCUGUUGGACGAGAACCAGGAGGUCUUGACGUUGGUCACCAACUCUUUGAAAAACGAUAUGAACCAUUCCAAUAUGUAUGCAGUUGGAUUGGCCCUUUGCACCUUCGCAAAUAUCGCAUCUGAAGAGAUGUCUCGAGAUUUAGCCAACGAAAUCGAAAAGCUGUUGGGAUCGAGCAAUACAUACAUCAGGAAAAAGUCUGCGCUUUGUGCACUGAGAGUCGUCAAGAAAGUGCCAGACAUUGCCGACCACUUUAUCAGCAAAGCCAAGAGCCUCUUGACCGAUCGAAAUCAUGGCGUCCUCCUUACAGCAAUCACUCUUGUCACGGAGCUGUGUGCUAUCGACGAAAACAAUCUCAACGAAUUCAGAAGCGCCGUUCCCCUUCUCGUCCGCAACCUUAAAUCUCUGGUUACGACUGGAUACAGUCCAGAGCACGAUGUGUCUGGGAUAACAGAUCCGUUCUUGCAAGUGAAGAUCCUAAGAUUACUGCGUAUCCUUGGAAAGGGUGACGCGCAGGCAAGCGAGACCAUGAACGACAUUUUGGCACAGGUGGCCACGAAUACAGACGGUUCGAAAAACGUCGGCAACUCGAUCCUUUACGAAACUGUCUUGACCGUCCUCGAUAUUGAAGCGGAUACUGGUUUGCGAGUUAUGGCUAUCAACAUCUUGGGUAAAUUCUUGACCAACAGGGAUAACAACAUUCGUUAUGUCGCAUUGAACACGCUGAACAAGGUCGUGACAAUGGAUACGAACGCCGUACAACGACAUUGCAACACGAUCCUCGACUGUCUCCGGGAUGGCGAUAUCUCGAUCCGUCGGCGUGCCCUGGAACUGUCAUAUGCCCUCAUCAACGAGACCAAUGUUCGUAUUUUAGUCCGGGAGCUCCUUGUCUUCCUCGAAGUUGCAGACGACGAGUUCAAGUACGGAAUGACGACCCAAAUAUCCCUUGCCGCAGAGCGAUUUGCUCCCAACAAACGGUGGCAUAUCGAUACCGUGCUUCGAACUUUGAAACUGGCUGGAAAUUUCGUUCGAGAGGAAAUUCUGUCUGCAUUCAUCCGCUUAGUUGCACACACUCCAGAGCUCCAGGCCUACACUGCCUCGAAGUUGUACCUUGCUCUGAAAGCUGAUAUCUCUCAAGAGUCCCUUACCCUUGCAGCGACUUGGAUCCUUGGAGAAUACAGUGACAUCCUUCUUGAAGGUGGUGUCAUCGUUGAUGAACAGACGACGCAGCCUGUCAAGGACUCAGAACUUAUCGAUCUCCUUAUCUCCUGCCUGGAUUCGCCUUACUCCAACUACCUCAUCCGUCAAUUCGUUCUGGCCGCAUUGACGAAGAUCUCUGCUCGCGCCACGACCUCUCGACCCGAACAAGACCGUGUCGCAGAACUCCUCGCCAAAUAUACCACCAGCCCUGAACUGGAGCUGCAACAGCGAGCUGUAGAAUUUGCUAGUUUGUUCACUUUGGGAGAGAUGCGAAGCGGAGUCCUGGAACAGAUGCCUGCUCCCGAGUUGAAAGCUACUGUCAUGGGCGUGGUCAGCGAGAAGAAACCUGUGGGAUCAACGAAGGCUACCGAGGGCGACCUUUUGGGCGACGACAUCGCCGCCACACCCACAAUCGCCAACGGGCAAACAGGCGCUUCAGCCCAAUCCAACCAAGACCUCCUUGCUGAAAUCUUCGGUUCAUCAUCUACUCCAGCCGCGCCAUCGACAAGCACCUCGCCGCCUCCCCCCCAGAAACAGGGCAUCCAAGACAUCCUUGGUCUCUUUGACUCAACGCCGUCGACCGGUCCACCUGCCACCCCCUCCGUACCGCCCUCUUUCCCUCCAACUCCUGCGACUGCGACUGCCGCUCCUCCAUCAUCUGCCUUUAACCUCGUCAGCGCUCAAGCACCCGCUACUCCUUCUGCGCCCAAGCUAACAGCAUAUACCGCGUACGAAAAGAACGGCUUGAAGAUUACGCUGACGCCUCAGACUUCGCCUACGAAGCCUGGCAUUGUGAUGAUCCUCGCGCGGUUCCAGGUAACUGGUGGAUCUGCAGCUACCGGUAUCACUUUCCAGGCUGCUGUUCCAAAGUCCCAACAACUGCAGAUGUUGCCCAUGUCGAACUCGACGGUAAACCCUGGCGCAACGGAGACUCAACAAAUGCGUGUAGCCGCACCUGUGGGGAGCGCCGUGCGACUGCGUCUACGAAUCGGAUACACUGUCGACGGAACACCCUACCAAGAACAGGUCGAUUUCUCCGGGUUCCCGGCCGGUUUGACAUCAGGAUCUUCGUAA